AUGGAGUAUCCACGCAACCACCAGCAUCACCGUCACCAACAACGCGACGACGGCGAUGAAGAUGAUCGUCGAUCCUUCGGGCAACCACCGCCACGCAACAACUUCGCCGAUGGUCCGCCACCUCCUGGCCUUUACCAGCCACAACAGCCUCACUUCGAUCCCUACGGUCCUUCGCCGCCAGCUCCGGCGCCGUACCGAUCAGAACCUCAUUUCGAUCCCUACGCGCCUCCUCCGCCAGGACCGGGCUCUUACCGAUCAGAGCCUUAUAUGGAAGCUCCCGCGCCGCCGCCUCCAUUUGGUCAAGUGAGCCACGUCGGCCACCAGAGCUCCAACGAAAUCAACCCACCGGACCACCACCGCCGUUACGGAGGUAACCCACCGCCUAAUUCGUCCCUAGGAAGCUACGGAGACCAAGUGAGCCAUGUCGGCCACCAGAGCUCCAACGAAAUCUACCCACCGGACCAACGCCGUUACGGAGGUAACCCACCGCCUAAUUCGUCCCUAGGAAGCUACGGAGACCAAACUGGCGGCGUUGCUCACGUUUCUCACCACACCGGCGGCGUCAGUCACGUUUCUCACCAUAGCUCAAAUCAGACCGGCCCACCUUCUGGUGCCCACCACGCCUCUGGUGAGAACCGUCUGCCUGGUAAUCUCGCCGGACUCGCCGGAAGGUCAACAGUGAAGGUGUUUUCCAAGGCGGAUCCUGACUACUACCUGACGAUCAGAGACGGUAAGAUCAUUCUCGCUCCAUCCGAUCCAUCUGAUCAAGCACAGCACUGGUACAAAGACGAGAAGUACAGCACUAAAGUGAAGGACGCAGAGGGUUUCCCUUGUUUUGCACUUGUAAACAAGGCCACUGGUGAAGCCGUGAAGCAUUCUGCAGGAGCUGCCAAACCUGUGCAUCUAACUCGAUAUGAUCCUGAUAGGCUUGAUGAGUCUGUGCUGUGGACACAGAGCAAGGAUAUGGGGGAGGGAUAUAGAACAAUAAGGAUGGUGAACAAUGUGAGGCUAAACGUUGAUGCAUAUCAUGGUGACAAGAAAUCCGGUGGUGUUCGUGAUGGCACGACUAUUGUCCUCUGGGACUGGAACAAAGGCGACAACCAGCUCUGGAAGAUCUUUCCUUUUUGUAAGCUUUGCUUUAACUUUUUUAUUAUGUUUGCUUUGUUUAGAAAGUGA